CCCCGCGCUCACAACGCCUCUGCUUCUGUCCCAGGUCCCAGCGUUCGAAGGUGACGAUGGCUUCUGUGUGUUCGAGAGCAACGCCAUUGCUUAUUACGUGGCCGACGUCGAUCUCCGUGGGACGACACGAGAGGCGGAGGCCCAGGUCCUCCAGUGGGUCUGCUUCGCUGACAGCCACGUCAUCCCCCCCGCCAGCACUUGGGUCUUCCCCACCCUGGGGAUCAUGCAGUACAACAAGCAGGCCACUGAACACGCCAAGGAGGAACUGAAGAAGGUCCUGGCCAUUCUGGACGAGCAUCUGAAGACAAGGACCUUCCUGGUGGGAGAGAGGGUCACCCUGGCCGACAUCACUCUGGUCUGCUCUCUCCUCUGGCUGUACAAGCAGGUGCUGGAGCCUUCCUUCCGCCAGUCCUUCACAAACACCAACCGCUGGUUCGUGACCUGCAUCAACCAGCCCCAGUUCAAAGCCGUCCUGGGCCAGGUGAACCUGUGCGACAAGAUGGCGCAGUUUGACGCCAAGAAGUUUGCUGACAUGCAGCCCAGGAAGGAGAAGGCUCCCAAGGAAGCCAAAGACCCCAAGCCCCAGGAGAAGAAGAAGAAGGAAGAGAAGAAGCCGGCAGCAGCGGCCCCUGAGGAGGAGCAGGACGCCACCGACGAGGUCCUCUCAUUGGAGCCCAAAACCCAGGACCCCUUCGCUCACCUGCCUAAGAGCCCGUUUAUCCUGGACGAAUUUAAACGCAAAUACUCCAACGAGGACACGCUAUCCGUGGCCUUGCCCUACUUCUGGGAGCACUUUGACAGGGAGGGCUGGUCCAUCUGGUACGCAGAGUACAAGUUCCCCACCGAGCUCACACAAGUCUUCAUGAGCUGCAACCUAAUGGGAGGCAUGUUCCAGAGGUUGGACAGGCUCCGCAAGAACGCCUUCGCCAGCACGGCCCUGUUUGGCGGCAACAACGACAGCAGCAUCUCCGGGAUCUGGGUGUUCCGCGGCCAGGAGCUGGUCUUCCCGCUGUCCCCUGACUGGCAAGUGGACUUCGAAUCGUACAACUGGAGGAAGUUGGAUCCCGACAGCGAGGAGUGCUGCACCAUGGUGAAGGAGUACUUCGCCUGGGAGGGGCAGUUCACACACAUCGGGAAGCCCUUCAGCCAGGGCAAGGUCUUCAAGUGAAUCGUCCCCGAGCCCGCCAGCCCCGCCUCGCCUCGCCUCGCCAGUCCGUGGAUGGACCCUGAAGAUCGCCGCCUCAGAGCCUGACACUGACACCUCGUCGCUGUUUGUCAAACGCAGACGCAGAAUAAACACAAACUGACUUCA